AAUUUUUAACAAUGAUGCACAAAUUCCCAUAGAAUCUUGUCACUACUGUCUAAUACACCCCGCUACACACCGUGGUAACAUGUGUACACAUUCCAACGGAAGGACUGACAAUGCACCUAGAUGUGCUUAUUAUGUCUAGAAGGUCCACUAUAUAGUGUAUUAAAGACUUACUCCCCAUCCUGCAGCGAGGAAAUUUCUACCAGUCAGUUACUACCAAAGAUUCCAUAAAACAUCACCAAUAUGAUAAGAUUGCUAGCAAUACCAGCACUGCUCUGCAGUGGCUUCUUCGUGGGUGGAGGAGUAUACGCAUACCUGUCUAAAAGGUCCCUGGUAUCACUCAUUAUGUCCUCAGUAUUUUCUGGGUGCUUUGCCGGCUCAACGUACGUCAUGAUUGCCCAGCCUGAACGUAGUAUUGGAUUCUGCCUUGCAGCUACAACAUCGUUACUGGCACUAGCAUUCGGUGUCUACAGAAUGUUCCUCGUGGAACCAACUUCGACCGCCAAGAAACACGUGGCAACAACAAUAUACAGUGUUGGCCUAGGAUCGUCUUGUUUCUAUAUUGCUGUCCUAGUGGCCAAGAAGCUGUUCGAGACACAGGCUACAAUACACCUGAAAGGGUUGUAGAAUACACGGUUCCAUGCAACUAACUUAUGCCGCAUAUAAU